AUGUCGUCUUCCACGCUCUCUUUCCCGGCCUUCCUAAUCAUAACCACUCUUCUAUCCACCCUCCUCCAACGAACCGUCGCUGGCGCCGGCGGCGACCCACUCUUCCACUUCUGUUCAUCCCCACAAAACUUCUCGCAGAACAGCCCUUACCAAUCCAACCUCCAAACCCUCUUCUCCCAACUCGCCGACCUAGCCCCACCCGCCGCCGGCUUCGCCAAAGCCUCCAUCGGCCACUCGUCCAUUGACCGAGUCAACGGCCUCGCCCUCUGCCGCGGCGACGUCGACUCCGACGACUGCAAAACCUGCGUCCUCGAAGCCUCCCGCGAAAUCUCCCGCCGCUGCCCUCUAAACAAGGGCUCCGUCAUUUGGUACGACAGCUGUCUGCUGAAGUACUCGGACGAUGAUUUCUUGGGACAGGUGGAUAACGGGCAGCGGUUCUACAUGUGGAACAUCAACGUCGUGGCGGAUCCCGCGGCGUUCAACGGGAAGGCGAAGGAGCUGUUGGGCCAGCUGGCGAAGCUGCAGGCGCCGGCGAGUUCGAAGCUGUUGUACGCCGUGGGGGAGACUGAGGUGACCGGUGGUGGAGGGUCGGAUAAGAAAAGGUUGUAUGGGUUGGUUCAGUGUACGAGGGACCUGUCGAAGGAGGAUUGUGAGAGUUGCCUUGGUGGGAUCAUUGGGGAGCUGCCGAGUUGCUGUGAUGGGAAGGAAGGUGGGAGAGUUGUGGGUGGGAGUUGUAAUUUUAGGUAUGAGAUUUAUCCUUUUGUCGGCCGUUAA